CUCAUCCACCGGAUUGUCAAGAGCCUCGACAGUUUAGUCGGCAGUCGAUAUGUUGAGUGAAUCAGUCGUGAAUUCGUUUGUUAAUCCUUCGAUAGCUCUCUAAAUCUGCUAGCCAACGCUAAAACCUUUUUUACAAAUCAAAAUCAUUCAUAAACAAAUAGUAAUUUUCAAAUAGUGAUUGGAUAAAACGAUUCUAAUCAAUUUGAAUUGUAUAAUUUUAUUAAAUUAUCAUUUUAUUUCGUGAGUUUGUGUUCAGUGGCUCGAUACCUUGGCGUCAAUUAUCGUCCUUGUCCUUCUCGAGUAAACAAGUGACAAAAGAGAUUAAAGUAGCGUCUGUUUAGCGUCCAGAAUAUCCAUUCGAGCGCCAUUUUUGUAUUACUGUUUUACUUCCAUUCGUUGAAUUAAAUCCCGUCGAGUUUUGUCGUUGAAUAUCAGUUGUUUAAAUUAUUAAAAAAUCAUGAAACUUGAGACUACUCAGAGUACAACGGGCCCUCAUCGUUAUCGGCGUCGACGACGACCCCUCGUUGGCCCCACGGGUUCGCCAUUUCUCGACUCGACUCUUUUAUUGCAAACAAAAUCGUGCAAAUGGUUCAGAACGAAAAAGGCAGCUAAUUCCAAUAAAAAAGUCACUUUCAGAGAUGAAGCUAUUAUAUCAAUGUCGGUUGCCGGAGAGGUGACCGAUACUUCUAUCAUGGAAAUCGGGAGAUCCAGGCCUCAGUUCCAAUACACUCGGGAAGAACUAAUGGAGAUUAAACUACUUCCACUCGCUAAACGCCGUCCUGAGUGCCUGGACAUGGUCUACAACAAGUGUUUGAUAUCCAGCUCACGUGGCACAUGGGACCCAGAGCGCUGGCACAUGGACAGAAAACGUAGUGAGACACCUCCCGAGGAAGAUCAACGUCGUAACGACUUACCAAUCGAGUACAAGCGUCGCAGUGGCGAUCCACGUGAACGUCUUCGCAAGGAGCAGGACGGUAUCGUACUCUCUCCUCAACGACGCUCCUUCAACUCCGGUUGCUUCGUGAACAUCACUCAGCCACCACCUCGCCGUCCAGAGAGUCCCAUCCAUAAACCAGAAGUUCCCCAUCGCGAGCCAGUCCGCAGAAUUGGUUCAGGUCGCCUCCUCACUCGAGACAUGUGGGACUUUCGCCCUGAGACCGAGAAACUUGAGCCCGAGAGAACAGACUUCGCCUUCAGAAACACUGGAAACGGUUCACGCGAAGUAGGUAGAGAGCCAAUGCGUGAUCGUGACAACAAUAGAGACAGAGACAUCAGAGAUGAUAGGAAUGAGAGAUUUGAGCGUAGAUCAUUUGGCAGAGAUUUCGGUGAUCGUGAGACUCGCGACAGGAAUGAUCGUCAUCCAAUGGAUCGUGAUAAGGACAGGAGGGAGAGAAAGUUUGCGACUGAUCGUAGAAGAACAUACUCGAAUGAACCAAGGGAGCAAGAGGAGCCUGAGUGGUUCUCCGGAGGUCCAAUCUCUCAGCACGACACUAUUGAGCUUCGUGGUUUCGACGAUAUUCCUGAAGAGAAAACUAUCAAGAACAAGAAAGUCUCACCAGCUCAGAAGAAACGUGGCAAGAAGGCAAAUGAGAAAGAGGAAAAAACUGAGAGCACAAAUUCGGCUGGUCCGAAGGGAAGAAGCACUCCAACUGCUAUGGAUCAACCAAUCAAUCCGAUUCAUGCACCUCAUUCGCCAAUUUCUGAGCAGGAGGAACUGUCUGCCAAUGGGAAGAAAAUGCGCGAGGGUAAUGAUAGUGGGAAUACUGAGCAGAGUGAUGUUAACGAUCGAUCUGAAGGAAAGAGUAGGGAUGGAGAACAUCUGGAGUUCAAUCUUGAUGACUUUCUGAAGAGCGAUAAUCUUCCUGGGGUCUCUGGACUACUUACGAAUGGAGUUGGGGCUGAUGCUGGCAGUGGGUCCAGGUUUAGUCAGUGGUUCAAGAGGGAAAGCCCAGUUCUGGACAGUCGUAGGGAGUCUAUUCAGGACGAACUGCUUAAUAAUUUGUUGAAUGAUAUCACUGAGCCGAAUAUUCAGGUGCCAUCGGUUAAUGAGUCGAAUGCCUAUUUUGCACCGAUCUCGCCUGCUAAUCAAACUGGGGGCAAUGCUGGGACUGGGACUAAGCUGCUGGAGAUGUUGCAAAGGGGGAAUAAACCGAGCCAGAAUGGACAGGGAGAUGGUGGCAAUAUGAUGGGGAUGAUGAAGAAUACGUCCAUUAAAGAGAUGGAAGUUAGUGGAAAGGUCAUGCACAGUCUUGAAGAACUAGAAGCUCGUAUGCGAGGGGGCGUCCACCCUCCUUCACAUAUCGAACCAAUACGUGUAAACAAGACUGAUGAAGACAUGUCAGCGUUCAAGAAGCUGCUGGCCCAAGUUACUGGGGGUCAGGCAGUGCCAGCUGCUAAUGGGCCCAUCGCUCCCAAACAAAAUACUCAACCCAUGACUCUCAUGCAGCUUUUGAAGAAUCAACCGGGCAUGGGAGGUCCCCCACCCCAUCAACCGCUAAUGCCGGAGCAACAGCAUCCCCCUUCCUUCAAUCAUGUGGGACCACUGGGACCUGCCCAGCAUCCACACCAGGCACAGAUGCAGCAUGAAAAUUUGAUGAAAGUUCUGAGAAUACAGCAGCAACAACAAGCACAACAACAAAAACGCCAGCAGCAGACAGACAUGCUGUCGAUGAUGAUGAGUGCUCAGAGAAUGGUUGGGGCCAGUCCAGUGCCUCAAGACAUGCAAAUGUUGGUAAACAACGCACCAUCGAGUCGUGAACUUCUUCAGAGACCAGAGGCUCAGGCGAUUAUUCAGGGGCUUCAACAGGGAGAAAUCACCAGGCAGCAUUUGAUGCAGCAACUUCAGAACCCAGCUAUGCAACAUCGCCAUCGUGAAGUGCUAGUGAACAUUCUUAAGAUGUAUGGGAACACAACUCCUCGAACAGUGAGUCCCCACCAGACUCCAAAUGUUACUCACGAUCCAAUGCUGCAACAACUCCUCUAUCAACAGCAACAACGUGUUCCUUCCCCCAUGAACAACGUGAUGCCACACCGAGUGCCCUCACCCCGUGACCUCGUUAUGCACACCCAGUCAAUAAUGCAGAGUGCUCUGAUCAAGACAAAGCUGGAGGAGCAACGUGAGAAUUAUCGUAAACGUCAGGAACAACAGGCACAACAGAUGCACUCACAUCAGCGUAUAACGAGUCCAGUGAAUUCGCCAUCUAAACAGAUGCUGAGUCCAACACCACUGGCAUUUACACCCACCUCAGUACUACGUAAAAUGACAGCUGAGAAGGAGCCUGAGGGAAGCGCAGAAGUAUCAAAAUUGGCAGCACAGAGUCAGGCGAGUCAAAUGCAGCAGAUGCAGUCUGCAGUGCAGUUGUUAGCCCAGGGUUUAUCAAGACAACAGCAACAGGGUACAGUAAGACCACAAGCGAAUCAGCAGCCUGCUUGGUCGAAUCAGUCGGUUAAACAGCAUCCUGCUGGCAGACCAAUAGUGAAGGGAGUAGCAGCUACGCAAUUUCCAUACGGUGGACCACCGAAUUUCCAGUCCCAACCACCUCAGUCCCAGCUACAGCAGCAGCCAGCACCUGUAUCAUCAGUCCAACAACAGAAUCAAUCAUUGCGGCCAUCACCGGGUAUUUACGGUAACCCGGCACGUUCGAAACACACGAUGCCGACAUCCCUUCCACCUCCAAAUGUUCCUCAAUACAAUGUAUCGCCAAAUUCUGUAAUUAGCCAAAGAACUAAUAUAAUGAACAAUCAGAGCAAGCAGCAACUGGUCCAGACACAUUUCGCUAAUAUAUUACAGCAGCAACAGCAGCGUAAUGUCAAUUCACAAGUACAACUCGUCUUAAACCAAAACUACAAUUCUAAUCGAACAGACGGCCGAAUAAUGCGACCACAACAGCAGCCAAUGAACAUCUCAAUGGGAAGACAAUCUUCACCAGGUAGCAACGGUGGAAGUCUAUCACCAACAUCAAAUCAACUAGCCAGAUGGUUCAGUCCAGAGCUACUUGCUAAAGCAAGAGCUGGAAAACUACCAGAGCUUGGUCAAACAAAUGUUUUAUCAUUGGAAGAAUUGGAGCGACUGCAGCAGGCCUCGGCUGCAGUGCAUGACUAAAUCUAAUUUUUAUUUUUCUCCGAUAGAAUGAACAAGCUCAAACAAAGUGAGAAUUAAUUUUUUUUUAUUUUAAUGAGAAUUGAAGGGAGCAAAGUGAGCAAAAAAAUUAUCGAAUCAUCAGUUCUUCGAUCGAUGAAAGAUAAAGUAAAUGAUCAAAAAGAGGAUCAUAAAUUACGGGAAAAUCCAGUUUUAUACUGCAUCCACGUACAUCACGUGCGUGAGUGUUCCACACUGGAAUUAUUGUUUUAGACUGUAUUUAUCGAAAAGACUGGCAAACUUGUUUCGUCCUGGCUGAAAACAAAACAUGAAGAAAUAUGUUUAGAGACGAAACAUUGGACACAACCUUGAAGAUCACAGAUUUAAAUGAGCAAUCAAUUAGUAACUGGGAAAUAUGCAAAAAGCAGAAAUGGCCAAUUCCCCUCGGCGCCAUCAGAGCCAAAUCGAAGUGGAAGAAGUGUUUAACAAUGAGAAGUUUGAAGAAGAAAAAAACGAUCUCCAAGUCACACGCAUAUGAAUAUUAACGAUAAAUAAUAUAUAACUUUCUAGAAAUACAGAACGGGAAUUACAGUGUUAUCGCGAUUUUUCGGAGAGAACAAAUGAAAAGGCAUAAUGGACUUAAGGAAUCAAAGAGAGAUGGAAAAGUAUGAAUGACGCAUUGGAAAGAAUUAUUAAAAAACUAGGGUUGUGAAGAUUGAUGAGAAUAAUUGAAUGUUGAAAGAGGGAAACGAAUUUGAUGAAAGAAGAAAAGAAAUAUUUCACACGUGGAAGUGAGAAUUCAAGUUGUUUGUUUUUCAUGAGGAAUAUUUCUUCAUUUUCAGAAAUUGUUACACUCACUUUUAAUUUUUCACUCUCUAAUCGUUCCUAAAAAACAUAACGACCAUUGCGUUUCAUCGUUAUUUUCAUCAUUUAUUUUUAUAUAAAUAAUUAUAUCUUUGAAUUGCGGUGAAAGCCCCUGCAGAAUUAAUGAAUUCAAACGAUCAUGAUUACUAGUUUGUUCUUAUUUUGUAAAAUUCGUUUCACAUAAAAAUUUUUUGGAGAGAUGGAAUGAGGAGAUUAGUGUACUUUUUUUUUAAUUCCAUGGAACGUGAAAAGCAAUGAAGGUGGUGAUAAAGGACCUAUGAAAUUGCUGCAUAUUUUGAUUUGAAAAAUACAAUUUAAUUUCUUCCUUCCAUUCCUCCGUAUUGAAUUUAUAAUUUUUUCCAUUUUCUCUUCAUAAAAAAAUGAGGCAUUGUUAAAAAAAAGUUUUCAGUGUGAACGCGUUAAUGACACCUCUCAUUGAUAGUAUUGUUGACAUAAUUAUUAUCAGUGACACAUGGAAAAAUAAUAAAUGAAGGAAAUAUUCUCCCCUGCACAAAGAAAGUCAUGAAAAUAAAAGAAAAGCCUCAGAUUGAAGAGCGAUUUCCUCGUUUUUUUUCUGAUUUCAAUUAAAUUGAAGAGAAUGGGAAUUUGAUCAGUACAAUAAAGAUAUAGAUAUCUCGAGAUACUCAAAGAGCCUGCCGGUUCUUCACAUUCAUCGUUAAACGAUAAAAAAGAAAUAAAACCACUAUUGUUCUGGAAACAGAAAAAUGCAUUAAACUCAAUUUUUUUCCGUUUGACAAUUUUUUGUUCUUAAAUAUCGGAAUUGUUAUUUAAUAAACCUCACAAAGCAUCACGAACCAAUAAUUUUGUGACCUGAUUAGAGAGUAAACAAAUGAAAUUUUUUUUAUUAUUUCCGUUGAAUGAAACAAAACGUUGAAAAAUCAUGGUUAAUGCUGUGUUCUGAGUAUGUCAUUGGGUCUUGAAGCGUGAAAAAGAAAGAAAUUAUAAAACAAAAUACAACUUUUGUAAAUAAUGAAAUUCAAUGACAAGAAAAAUGCAACAAAAAUCCCAAAAAAUAAACAAAACAAGGGGAAAGAAGCGGAUAACAGGCCAAUUUUAUCAUUGCAUGUACCGGCUCGAUAUUUUGUAAAUAAAGUUAUUAAGCGUAAA